AUUAACGACAUACACAUCUACUUUAUGUCACACUUGAACUCUACACAUUACACUCGUGUUUCCUCUGUAAACAAGUCAUUAUGAUUCCAAGGAGAAAGCCAGGGACUUAUACUUCAGUUUCUACUGUCAAAGCCUCAGUUUCUGAGGGUCAUUCAGGGGACACCAGUAAUCCAAGACCCACCUCAACCUCCGGGGGACAAGCAGGAAGUACAAGUCACCCAAGACCCCACACUGGGGGACAAGCAGGAGGUACCAGUCAUCCAAGACUCCAUUUAAACAGUGGAGGCCACACAGUAGGGACCACUCACCCAAAGUCUCCCACAAGUCCUACUAGCAAGUCAUCAAAUGGUACAGAAGUGACUACAGGAAAAUCAUCUGAAAAUGGGAAAACAAGGCAACCUGUGAAGAAAUCAGACUCAUUUAUUAAUUCAAGAAAUGUGUUCCAGAGCAUGUCAAAUGGCAAGCAAACAAGACCAGUACAAAAGUCUGAGUCUUUUUCAGAGUCAAGAAGAAAAAGUUCAUCUUCUUCCUCAGCCAAAGUGGAUCCAGCUGGACAAAGAAGGUCCAGCUCCACCAAAACUGAUACAGUGCCCAUCUCUGCCAGAGUAGAAAACCAUGGAUCAAAGAGACAAAACUCCACCUCCAGUUCUAGAUCAGGCAGUGUGUCAGAUUCCAGAUCCUCAAGUUUGACAGACUCCUCUUGUGGACCCAAACAAUCCACUGAGCCAUCUGAUCUGGUACCAGGACCAAGAGACCCCUGUGUUACAGAAACCUCAACAAGGAGUGGACUGAUACAGCACCACCCACAUUCUUCUGUGACUGGCUCCACACAGCACCACCCUCACACUCCUAUAACUACACAGCAGCAGCACCCACACUCUUCUGUGAUUGGUCCCACACAGCACCACCCUCAUUCAUCUGGGACUGGCUCUUCACAGCACCACCCACACUCUUCUGUGACUGGCCCCACACAACACCACCCUCAUUCGUCCGUGACUGGCUCCUCACAGCACCACCCACACUCUUCUGUGACUGGCCCCACUGGGACACACUCUGUCCAUUCUAAUACAGUAAAUGGGUCUGUGUCUACUGCUGUUCCUGAGGACAAAGUCAAAGGGGGCUCACCUAGCAAGUUUACAGCACCAGAGCAAUCAGGAUAUGUGGGUUUUGCCAAUCUCCCUAACCAGGUCCACAGAAAGUCAGUCAAAAAGGGUUUCGAGUUCACACUUAUGGUGGUGGGUGAAUCUGGACUGGGGAAGUCUACUUUGGUCAACAGCCUGUUCCUGACAGACCUUUAUCCAGAGAGACACAUACACUCAGCUGCUGAGAAGAUUUCGCAGACAGUGAAGAUUGAUGCCUCCACUGUAGAGAUAGAGGAGCGUGGAGUAAAACUAAGGCUGACUGUGGUGGAUACACCUGGCUUUGGGGAUUCCCUUAACUCCCAGGACUGUUUUAAGCCCAUCAUCCAGUAUAUUGACAGCCAAUUUGAGCGAUACCUGGAGGACGAGAGUGGUUUAAACAGAAGACAUAUCGUGGAUAAUCGUGUUCAUUGCUGUUUCUACUUCAUCAACCCAUCAGGCCACGGCUUACGUCCCCUUGACAUCUCAUUUAUGAAAGCAGUUCAUCACAAAGUAAAUAUAGUCCCAGUCAUUGCUAAGUCUGACACGUUGACGCAGCAGGAAUGUAAACAACUGAAGAGAAAGGUGAUGACACAGAUUGCUGAAAAUGGUAUUAACCUUUACGCACUCCCAGACUGCGAUGAAGACGAGGAUGAAGAAUAUCGAGAACAGUGUCGACUUCUCAAGGAGGCUGUGCCUUUUGCUGUCAUUGGUGCUAAUACUGUUAUAGAGGUCAAAGGUAAAAAGGUCAGAGGUCGUAUGUAUCCAUGGGGAGUGGUGGAGGUUGAAAAUCCAGAUCACUGUGAUUUCAUCAAACUCAGGACCAUGCUUAUCACACACAUGCAAGACUUACAAGAGGUCACACAGGAAGUUCAUUAUGAAAACUUCCGAGCUGAGAAAUUAGCAGGUGGUGGAUCUGUACCCAAGAAAACAAGAAGACCUCGCAAUGAAGAAACUUACAAUGAAAUGACAGAACCGGAGGGCCAGCAAGCAGAUUUGUCAGAUCGUGAGAAACAACUCCUAGAGAAGGAACAAGAGCUGAAGAGAAUGCAGGAAAUGAUUGCUAAGAUGCAGGCAGAGAUGAACCAGCGCAACACACCACAGAAAAUGCAGCAGAAUGGAGAAGUCAAAUCACAGAAUGUGUAAAGUUGUCACAGGUGACCAUUUUGAUUGGACCAGUAUUGAAGAUGAGAUUGUCGUAUUUAUACUUAGCGACCUCAGACAAUCCACACACAGCAAAAAACGCUAUGUUAUCACAUCAUUACACCAAAUCAUCAGAAAAGUGUUCAGUUUGUGAUGUCUAACAUCCAUUUUGCUAUUCACAUUUAGUUUAUAUUUUGCAAAUGCUCUGCUCUGUAUGUUAAAAAGUUACAUUGACUCAUGAUUUUUUAAUGUAAAAUCUGUAAUGUUUUUUUUUAUUUCAAACUUUGUUAUAAAUAUUGUAUGGGAUGAUUUUUGUAUUCUGUGUGAAAAAAGAACAUAAAGAAAAAUUCAUUUUUGAAAGAUAGAUUUCUCAGAUUAAGUGCUUACAUAAGCUAAGUAUUCUACAUUUUAGCAUUGACAAACAACCAAAGUCAUUGUACAUUAUAUGUUUUAUAUUUAGUAUGAAGGUUUAUACUUGUGUACAAAUCAGCGGAACCAAAAUAUUUAAAAUCAAAACUAGAAAGCUCUGAAGAAAGGGAGGUAACUCUCCUUUAGCAUGCUCUAGUCAUCUAUCUCCACGAUCAGCAGUGACAUAUUAGAGUUAUCUACCUUUAUAGAUACAGGUUGAUGAAUUCAUUUUUUCUGUAAAUUAAUUAUUUAAAUGUCUAAUUUAGCUGGUGAUUUCUGUUGUAGUUCACAUUUUUAAAUGUGUCCAUUGGUUUUCUUUCUUAAUGAUAUUACUUCCAUGAGGACAUUCUGUAUAACUGAUCUCCCAUGUAAAAUUCCCCAUCCCAUUUUUUCCCCCAUUCAUGUAAGAUGUAUUGAAUACACUCUAUGUUAAGUGUAUUUUUCCUUUAUUUUUAUAUCAUUUGUGUAGUCUACAUAUAUGAUAUUACUUUUGUUUAUUUCUAGAUAUAUAAAAAAAAAUACUGUAAAGUUUAUGAACAAAUAUAGAUCUGAAAUUGAGUGAAAGAGCAUAAUGACCCCACAACACGAAGGAAUACUUUGUUCACCAUCUUAAUAAAGGGAAAAGCCAAGAUACGAUGAACUUGUAGAAAAUCGUAUAACUUUAUUCUGUUUAUAAACUGACUUAGAUUUUUGACUGUUUAGUGACAUGUAUGAAGUAUGGUAAGAUUUUCCUUGAGAUAUGAAGACUUCUUUAUUAUUCUGCUUUAUAGCUUGUUCUGCUGAUUUUAUCUAACUUUGCAAUAAUUUUGUAACAUUUUUAUUUAAUAUGUACAUGAAUAAAUUUAAUGUAUAUAAACAUG